AUGGCAUUCUUGAUGACGUCCCUAUUCUUACCGGAGUCUUACCUUCCGAUCUUGCUCGACUGGAAAGCAAAGCAUCUCCGAUGCGUCCCAGGGAGCCAAGAAUUUGUGUCCAAUCAUGCAAAAUCGAUAUCCUUAAAACGACUACAGACUCCUCUCCCUAUGCCCAUAACAUUCUUCAGGACUAAACCCGUUAUUGCUAUGCUUGGAGGGUAUAUGGUACCUUUAUAUGUCCUAUUUUCUUUCCUCUCCGUGCUUGACUACAUAUUCAAGCAGAGGUAUACUCUAUCGGAUGGCUUAGCUGGAUCCUACUUGGCUUCCAUUGCUUGCUGGCUCAAAGGGCUUUACACUCUGUGCCCCGGUCUUCUACGGCCGGAUACGAAGGGUGACCGAUCGCGUUUCCGGAGCUGCAGUCAAGCCCGAAUCGAGACUGUGGCCAGAAAUUGCGACGGCGCCUCUGCUACCUGUUUCUUGUUGUGGCAAGGUUGGACCAACUAUCCCGGGAUCUCUCCAUUGUCAGGUCUUGCCGCUUGUUUUGCCUUCGAUGUCGCCACAACGGCCAUCUAUGUCAGCAGCUAUGAGUACAUCAUUGACAGUUACGUUGAACAUGGAGCGAUGGCCUUAGCAAGUAUCACCAUGGUCAGGUAUCUGAUUGCGGGCGCGAUGGUCAUGGCUGCAAGACCAAUGUACGAGGGAAUAGGAGUUCAUUGGACAACGCAAUCUUGGGCUGCAUCGGAGCAGUGCUGA